AUGGCAGCACAAGACUACAAAUUCGAGGGCUGGCUCGGCAAGGGUCCUGAGUCCGCCGAGGGUAAAAUGGAAUGGGGUGCCUUUCCCAAGGUGAAGCCGUUUGACGAAGACAACGACGUGGAUAUCCAGAUCACGCACUGCGGCAUCUGCGGCUCAGACCUCCACACCCUCCGAUCUGGCUGGGGUCCCACACCCUACCCAUGCUGCGUCGGCCACGAGAUCGUUGGCAAAGCUGUCCGUGUAGGAAAGAAGGUGGAGAAGGGAAUCAAGGUCGGGGAUCGUGUCGGUGUUGGAGCCCAGAACUCGAGCUGCUUGAAGCCGGAUUGUGAGGAGUGCCAGGCGGGACUAGAGAACCAUUGCACGCGUGCUGUCAACACUUUCGCCGAUCAGUACCCGGAUGGCUCGUACUCCUAUGGCGGCUAUGCAGACUAUCAUCGCUGCCCCUCGCACUUUGUCAUGAAGAUCCCCGAGGCCAUUCCUAGUGAAGCGGCCGCUCCUCUUCUGUGUGGCGGUAUCACACUCUACAGCCCUCUGAAGAACAACGGCUGCGGUCCAGGCAAGAAGGUCGGUAUUAUCGGAGUAGGAGGUCUUGGCCACUUUGGCGUGAUGUUCGCCAAGGCCCUCGGGGCCGACAAGGUUGUUGGAAUCUCCCGUCGCCACGACAAGAAGGACGAUGUGCUCAAGAUGGGCGCAGACGAGUACAUAGCCACCGAGGACGACAAAGACUGGGCUACACACCACGCCCGAUCCCUCGACCUGAUCAUCUGCACGGUCUCUAGCCCCAAGAUGCCAUUGAUGGACUACCUUCAGCUCCUGCGUGUGAAGGGCACGUUCAUCCAGGUCGGUGCUCCAGAGGACAAGCUGCCCGAUAUGACAGCCUUCGCUUUCAUCGCCAAGGGCGUCAAGUUCGGUGGAUCGAUGAUCGGGCCACCAUGGCAGAUUGAGGAGAUGUUGAACUUUGUUGCAGAGAAAAACAUCAAGCCUUGGAUCCAGACGUAUGAUAUGAAGGAUGCGAAUAAGGCGAUUCUGGAUAUGGAGGCUGGAAAGGCGAGGUAUCGGAUCUCGUUGGUCAACAAGAAGCACCUCUGA